CGCCGCCCCUCUCCGCGCCGCCCAUGAGUCAGGGCUUUGCCGGGCGCUGGCGGCAGCCGCGGCCGGAGCGGGCUCGCAGCCUCUGCCGCGGGGCUCCAUGGAGAAGGCGGCGGCCGCGGCGAGCGAGGGCGGCGGCGGGAGCAACAGCAGCAGCCGCAGCAGCAGCCGCCCCACGUCGGCCGGCUCGUCUCCCUCGUCGUCCUCCGCCAGCCGCGGGCCGCCGGGCCGGGCGGCGGCCGCGGGGCGGCUGGAUGGAGGCGGCGGCAGCGGCAGCAGCCCCGGCUCGGCGGCGGCCAGCCCGGGGGGCGCGCAGGCGCCUGGGGGCGGCGGCAGGCGGCGGGAGCCGGUGCUGGAGGGGACGCUCAGCAAAUACACCAACCUCCUGCAGGGCUGGCAGAGCAGGUACUUUGUGCUGGACUUUGAGACGGGGAUUCUGCAGUAUUUCGUGAAUGAACAAAGUAAAAACCAGAAGCCACGAGGAACCUUGUCUUUAGCUGGAGCUAUAAUAUCGCCCAGUGAUGAAGCGCCACACAUGCUGGUGGUCUACUCUGCUAAUGGAGAGAUGUAUAAGUUGAGAGCUGCUGAUGCAAAGGAGAAACAAUACUGGAUAACUCAGCUUCGAUCCUGUGCCAAACAUCACACGGAAGGUAAUUCUAAGAACAUUUCAUCCUCACGAAGUAGAAGCUCAUCUCUUCUGCCAUCUGGGACAGUUAAUUCUGCGUCGCCUAGUGGCCAGAAACACAUGAAUCAAAGCGGGCCAACCGUUGUUACCAUCACGCAUCACAAAUCCCCUGCAGCAGCCCGAAGGGUUAAGAGCCAGCGUUCUGGACAACUCCACGAAGUCAGAGAGAUCAUGAGCCAAGUAGAGGGACAACAGAAGAAUCUUGUACAAGCCAUUGAAGCUCUUCCAAGUUCUGGGCCCCUUUCUGCCUUGGAUCAGGACUUGCUGCUUUUAAAAGCUACCUCUGCUGCCACCCUGAGCUGCCUUGGAGAAUGCCUGACUCUACUACAGCAGAGCAUGCAUCAAGUGGGUCAGCACCAUAAUAGGACAUUGUCAUCAGAAGGUAUCCUGGGAUGGCCUGGCCCCAAGUCACAUUCCACAGAGCAACUGAAAAAUGGUGCCCUCAGCUCCUUAUCAUCUGCUAGUGCGAACAUUACAUGGGCAAUAGUACCAUCGGCAGCCCAAGAUGGACACAUGCUCCAGCCAAAUACUGAGCAUUCAGCUUCUGAGUUGGUCCUAGUUGAAGAUGAAAUGACAGAUACUGAAGAUAAUGAAGAGGAAGAUUUAGGAGUCAUGGAUGAUCAACGUAGUGUAAUUCUCCAUCUCAUCUCUCAGCUCAAACUUGGCAUGGACCUUACCAGGGUAGUGCUUCCAACAUUUAUUUUGGAGAAAAGAUCCCUGCUGGAGAUGUAUGCAAAUUUCAUGGCCCAUCCAGACCUGUUUUUGUCAAUUGCAGCUGGAGCCACCCCCGAGGAAAGAAUUAUCUGCUUUGUGGAGUAUUAUCUCACAGCUUUUCACGAAGGCCGAAAGGGAGCCGUUGCCAAGAAGCCCUAUAACCCUAUAAUUGGGGAAACGUUUCAUUGCUCGUGGGAUGUGCCUACGGACAGAGUGAAACCGUUCAGAACUAAUGGCGCCUCGGCGGUUUCUAAGGAGCCAGCCAAGGAGCUUGGCCCGGACCAGUCCACGUGCUACAAGCUGAGGUUUGUAGCUGAACAAGUGUCCCAUCAUCCGCCAGUAUCUUGCUUUUACUGUGAGUGCAAAGAGAAGAAAAUGUGCGUGAACGCUCACGUAUGGACCAAAAGCAAGUUUAUGGGCAUGUCAAUAGGUGUUUCUAUGGUAGGUGAAGGUGUUCUUUACUUGAUGGAGCAUGAAGAGGAGUAUGUUUUCACACUGCCUAGUGCCUAUGCUCGCUCGAUACUCACCAUCCCCUGGGUGGAACUCGGAGGUAAAGUCAGCAUUAGCUGUGCCAGGACUGGCUAUUCUGCUACGGUCACGUUCCACACCAAGCCCUUCUACGGAGGAAAAGUCCACAGGGUUACAGCUGAAGUGAAGCAUAAUCCCACUAACACUAUUGUGUGCAAGGCACAGGGAGAAUGGAAUGGUACGCUAGAAUUUACUUAUAGCAACGGAGAAACCAAAGUGAUUGACACUACCAAACUACCUGUUAUCAGGAAAAGGAUUAGACCAAUAGCAAAACAAGGCCCGCUGGAAUCAAGGCACCUUUGGCAACACGUCACCAAUUCUCUGAAAGAAGGUAAUAUUGAUGCAGCAACAGAACACAAGCACCAUCUUGAAGAGAGACAGCGAGCAGAGGAAAGGCAACGUAUGGCUCUUACAACGCCAUGGAAACCAAAGUAUUUUGCCAAAGAGGGUGAUGGCUGGCUGUACUUGAAUCCCCUCUGGAAGACCCAUUGACAAGAUAGAGCUGUUGUCUCACAACAUUUACCUUAAAGGCAUUAAAAUGAUACAGUAUAUAACUUUAAGAUGUCAUUGAAUAGUUCCUGUUAUCAGAAGAUACAAAUGAGAAGCUAUAUACUGUGAAUGAUGCAUCUCAAAAUAACCACAAGCUCAAGUUAAUUCAGGAGCCAUUUUGUGUGUAUGUAUAGACACACACACACACGCACACUUACAUAUAUACACACAUAUAUAUACACACACAGUGUGUGUGUGUGUUUGUGUGUGUAUUAUUUACACUACAUGUAAACAAAGUAUAAACACUAACAGUGAUUUAAAGACCUUAUCCCCUUAAGUGUUAGGGCAUAAAACUCUCACUGGAAUCAGGUAGGGUUCCCUGAGUUGAGUGCUUGCGGGAUCAGGCCCUAUGUUAGUAUUUAAAAAUACUUUUUUAUUAGUACUGGUUAAGGUUUUCUAUUUUUCACUUUUGCCAAAAAAUGUUUUGCACUUAAAAUGUGACUUGUCACUUAAUGGCAGCCAUUCAGUCUCAACAGUCAUUGAGUAACUGACUUUGACAUACGAGUGAUACACUGACUGCACUCUCUUUGGGAUGUUGAUUUAAGAGCAUGUUUCCUAUCACUGUAAGUGUCAAUUUUCUGCCAUCUUAUAAGAAGUAGCAAUACCUUCUCAAGAUCUUUGUUCGCGCUAACCCAUUGUGUCCUCGCUCCUUGGUUUGUUUGUACUUCGAGAUGUUCAGUAGAUCUCUGGUCACUAGUGAGCCACCUGCUCUGAUAGUUUUGGUCUAGCCGGGUAACAUCCUUGGCUAUUGUCAUGCCGAUGCAUUGGGUUAACCUGUCUUAUCUGUUCUGUUAAAUCACUGCUGGUGGAUGGAGCUGUGGUCUUCAACCUUGCCCUCGCCUCAGCUUUCCACCCUCAGAUGAGAGGCAGCGUAGCAUGGCGGUAGCCUGUGUCUGAGCCACCCCAGUUCGCAGCCUGGCAUUUCCAGUGACACUGCUGCUGCUGUGCUCAUGUGAUGACGCCAGACUGGCGGCUGAGGCUGGGCUGAGUCCUGCUCCAAUGGGUGCAAGCCUUCCCCGCUAGUGGAGACACUGAUUUCUUAUGCUGCUGCUGUGAAAUUGGAAAGAGCUUAAACGGUCAGAGCCCUGGAUGCCAUAUUAAAGCUCCAGGCAGAGUUGUGUUUUGAUUUCUUGUCUUUGAUUUCUUUCUUUUCCUUUUGGCCCAGUUAAUUGCUUUCUGAUGCUUUCUCAUGAAGAGAGAUAGAACCAACCUUCCCAGAUAAAUGAUUUUCUGAUGUAAAAGUCACUAUUCAGUAAAUUACUACACUAAAAUAAGAACAUUAUUAAUGAAACAAAUGAAAUGGGACAUAAUUUGUUUUGUAAAGUAAUCAAACAAUCUUGUAGUUUGAUCUUGCUUUGUAAGCUAACCACUGUGACUCUAGGAAAAUGGAUUCUAAAAAUUUGAAAGCUUAGUUGCAUUUUAGUAUUUGUUAAAAGAUGUUUUUGAAAAAAAGUGACAAAAAGAAACAAAUGUAAAAUGUGCUGACUUCUGCUCAGUGCUUCUUUUUACAGUGCCCCUUUAAAAAAAACAAAACAAAACACUAGAUUUCUAACAUACAGUAGCAUGGAUGCCUACCUUUCUAUAGUACUGAUUAAUUUUGUGCCUUUUGUCUGCUUUCUUAAUGCAAUAGCUUAUGCUUUGUAGAUAUUACUCAAAUAUAUUUAGGUUGAAGCACUGCUUCUAUCUGUUCUGGUGUCUUGCAUUUUAUAAUACUUUAUUUUUUGGUAGAUAUUAAAAUCUCUUGUGUAACUGAAAAGGCUAUAUAGAGGUGUGUACAUAAGGCAGCAUCCCAUUAGCUGUUCAUUUGGACAUGACAUUUAAUAGAUCUUUAAAUUUUGAACUUCAGAUCCUUAUUAAAUGAGCUGUGGUCGUCUUCUCUUCUUAAAUGCUAUUUUGUCUGCUUGUAUAUACUUUUUCUUGCACAUUAGAAAGAUUAGUGUUAUUAAUGACUUAAAUCCUAUUUUUAAAAAAAAACACGGACUGUAUGAGCUUGGUUUUGUAACUGAUACUUUUUUUUUUUAAAGAAAAAUUAUUUUUAGGUAUAGUUAAUGUUUUUCUGUAACAACAUAAAAAUGAUGCUCUUGCAGUAAGCACUGAACUACUACCAAGUAUCAUCAGGAAAUCUCAUCCUUUAUCACCUGCAAGAAUUAAUUUAUAAUGGAUCCAUUCUUGUUUUAGAGCUUAGUCUGGUAAGUAACUAGAACUAUUAAUACCGAUUAUAAUAUCACCACAAAGAACAAUCGAAAAUGCAGAUUUAAACGCAUGGAAUGUAUCCUCCCAGAACUUGGACUUUCAUACACCAAAGAACUAGCCACAAAUUCAUUAAAAAUAGCAAUUGAAAACCUCUUUUGUCAGGCAUGCGGGCCUACACUGCUGAAAGAGUAGACCUCUUACAGCUUUGAUGGUCUGACUGUCGAAGCUACAAAGAUGCUGUAGCUCUUCUUUUAGGGAGAAAUUUGAAUAAUUUCAUGCUUGUAACUUACUGAAGAUUUCUGCCUGCAUGGUUGGUUGUUUCUGCAUGCCGAGAACAUUCCACUUGUGCUCUGAGAAAUGCUUUGUUUUGAUGCUGUGAAGAAUCCCCUGAUGCUGCCACCGUUUCUUUUCCAAAGUAACUUGGGAGAGGCAGGCAUAAAAAUAAUCCUUUUAAAAAAAAUCUUAUCAACAAGAGAUUCCAGAACAAGAUUCACAAGAAUUGUCAUUUUAUUUUUCUGAUGCUUAUGUAUUCAGUAGAUUUUACAAGACUGAAAAUUAAGUAUUCAUGAGCCUUAUUCUGUAAGUUGUUCCAAUAGCUGUCUUAGACUUGCAAGUGAAUAUUUUCCUUUUCAAGUAGCCAAUGUAUAGUAAUGUAAAAAUCUACAUGUACUUCAGGUCUUUUUUUUGUGCACACCUGUAGAAAGCCUAUGCAACCUUUUUCUUCCUUUCUUCCUUUCUUUCUGUUUUCUUUCUUAAAGUAGAAAUGGUUGGAACACAAAUUUACACCUUUAUCAUUUAAAAGAUGCUCUGGCAGUCUCUUCUGAUUUGCCUUCCUUUCGUAAUUUGUGAAUUUAAAAUGACAAUGCUCAUGAAUAAAAGAUUUGUUUCAUUUA